AUGAAUAAAUAUAUUGUUGAAAAAAAUUUAGGAUCUGGAUCUUAUGGAGAAACUUAUAAAGUAAAGGAUAUAGAAACCAAUGAAUAUUUUUGUAAAAAAAUUGUAAAAGUUCCACAGUUAGGUGAUAUUCCAAAAGUAUUAGAGGAAGGUAGAAUAUUAUCAGGAAUGAAUCAUAUUAAUGUUGUAAAGUUAUAUAAUAACUAUUUCGAAAAUGGUAAUUUUAUAAUUAUAAUGGAAUAUGCAGAAAAUGGGGAUUUAUGGCAAUUAAUCGAAAAAAGGAAAAGAGAAAAAAAAGUAUUUAGCGAUUAUGAAAUUAUGUUUUUUUUCAUCCAACUGGUAAUUGGAUUAAAUUAUAUUCAUACAAAUAAAAUUAUUCAUAGAGAUAUAAAACCAAAAAAUAUCUUAAUCAAAGGGGAAUUAUUAUUAAUUGCGGAUUUUGGUGUUUCUAUAAUUAUGAAUGGAAGGGAUUACACCAAUACUACAACAGGUACACCACAAUAUAUUUCACCAGAAAUUUGCAACAAAAAAGGUUAUACAAAUAAAACUGAUAUUUGGUCUUUAGGAGUACUAUUAUAUGAAUUAAUGACAUUAUCAUUACCAUUCGAAGGAAAAAGAGAAACUUUAAUUAAAAAUAUUCAAAGCGAAUGUACAAUCUUUAAACCUGUUAAUCAUUCAAAUGAAGAUUUAAGUUCAUUAUUAUUUAAAUUAUUAUGUAGAGAUCCAGUUAAAAGAUUUAGCACUCAAGAUAUUUUAAAUCAGGUUUUUGUUAGAGAGUUUAUAGAAAAUCAUAUGGUGGAGUUUUAUAAGAAAUAUAAUUUUAGUAUCGAAAAUAUUUUUAAACCAAUUCCAACCUUUAAAAAAGUUUUCACUUAUGUUAAUAAUAUUGAUGAAGAUGAUAGUGAAAAGAUGUUUGCUAUUAUGGAGCAAAUGAAGGAUAGAAUGAGGAUUACAACUGACCAUUUUGAUGCUUUAAGCAAAGAAAUCACUCCAUCAUCUCAAAAGCCUAUCGAAUCAACUCCACUAGAAUCACCAUCACCCACUGCAAAUAAACAAAUUAAUGCAAAUAUUAAUGGAAAAUAUGAUCUCCUUAAAAAAGUAGCCACUGAAAUUGGUUUCAAUUUAGAAGACUACUGCUUUGAAACUCACGGUAUGUUGAUAGAGUUAUUAAGAAGUAAAUUAGAGGGCAAAGAUAAAAAAAAAUAUUCAAAUUGUUUCAACUAUUUAGCAAAUAAAGAAAAUUUAUUUUUAAAUCCAAACAAAUUACCACAAAAACAAUAA